UUUAGUAGUAUUUCUGUGAAGUGGUGAUGUGACUGAUGUGUGGCCUGAAUUUGAACGAAAUAUUUCUGAAUUUGCGUUUGAAACAAUAAUUUUAAUAAUAUUCUGUAAGACAAUAUAUGCAUUAUGAUUAUUUUAAUGCCAUAAUUAUAAGUGAUAUCGAUAGGUUGCAUACUUUGUGAGUUAUUUUGGUAAUCGGUGACAUUACAGUGAAGUGCCUAAUUUGAUCAUGGAGGCUAUAGCAAAACACGAUUUCACAGCAACUGCUGAUGAUGAACUCAGUUUUAGGAAGAAUCAGGUUCUAAAAAUACUUAACAUGGAGGACGAUAUGAAUUGGUACAGAGCUGAAUUAGACGGCAAAGAAGGACUCAUUCCUAGCAACUAUAUUCAAAUGAAAAGCCACAAUUGGUAUUAUGGAAGAAUCACAAGAGCAGACGCAGAAAAACUCUUAGCUAAUAAACCAGAAGGUGGAUUUUUGAUUAGAAUCAGUGAAUCAAGCCCUGGAGACUUCUCACUUUCUGUGAAAUGCCCAGACGGCGUUCAGCACUUCAAAGUGCUUAGGGAUGCCUCAAGCAAAUUCUUCCUCUGGGUGGUGAAGUUCAACUCCCUAAACGAGCUAGUUGACUACCACCGCACCGCAUCAGUGAGCCGCCUCCAAGACGUCAAGUUGAGAGACGUCGUGCCCGAAGAAAUGCUGGUGCAAGCGCUAUACGACUUCACGCCGCAGGAGGCCGGCGAGUUGGAGUUCAGGCGCGGUGACGUCAUCACCGUCACCGACCGCUCCGAUCAACAUUGGUGGCAGGGCGAGAUUGCACACCGGCGCGGUCUCUUCCCGGCGUCGUACGUGACGGCGUACCACUCAUAGUGGGAGCCCGUCGCCCCGUGGGCAUACGCCGCCUAGUGGGCGCCCGCCGCGGAUCGACACCCAUAACAUUAUACUACGCUCAUAUCACUACAUUACUACGACGCUUAGUACGUAACGCGAGGAAACGUUAUAGUUUUCUUAGUCUGUGUGUUGUUUGGUGAACGUUCCGUGCCCGCGGCACCCGCUGCCGAGUACGCCUCACGGUCCACGCCCGUUCUCCGUGUAAUGUUCUGAUACAUGGUGCUUUGUUUUCUACAAUCGAUCACACGAAUCUGAAUUAUUCUGUAAUGCGAACCAUGUGGCCGCUAUGUUAGUCCGUAUUAGUCGUGAGUAAAAUGCCUUAAUUUAUGCAAUAAAGAAUUUUGGUAGUACAAAAAUUUACUUCGUGCAGUGUUGCGUUUGGUGUUAUGUGACGAAUUUACUGUCUCCUUUAUUAUAAUAUGUAACCGUGACAAUUUGCAGGACGAAACAGCAACGUUGUCCUUAAUUACGUGCCAGAAUGUU